GCGGAGCCCAGAGCGGGCGCGGCGUAGCAUCCUCGGGCACCGCGGCCCCGGUGCGGGCCGCCUCCCCCGCAGCUCCCGGCCUCCUAUGGGCGGUGCCGGCGUCCCGGCCCCCGCACGCCCGUCCCGCUCGGCGUUAGCAUGGGCACGGUGCUCUCCCUCUCCCCCGCCGCCUCCUCGGGCAAGGGCGGCGGCGGCGGGGGGCUGCUGGCCGACAAGGCGCCGGGAAGGGUGCCGGGCAAGGGCGAGAGCCGGCUGAAGCGCCCCGGCGUGCUAAUCUCGGCGCUAACCUGGAAGCGGCUGGUGGCCGCCUCGGCCAAGAAGAAGAAGAGCACCAAGAAGGUGACGCCGAAGCCCGGGGUCUCCGCGCCGCGUGGUGGUGCAGGCGUCCACCGGAGAGCUGCUGCGCUGCUUGGGGGACUUCGUGUGCCGCCGCUGCUAUCGCCUGAAGGAGCUGAGCCCCGGCGAACUCAUCUCCUGGUUUCGCAGCGUGGACCGCUCGCUGCUGCUGCAGGGCUGGCAGGACCAGGGCUUCAUCACCCCGGCCAACCUGGUGUUCGUCUACCUGCUGUGCCGGGAAGCGCUGCGGGGCGAAGACAUCGGGAGCCAGGCCGAGCUGCAGGCCGCCUUCCUCACCUGCCUCUAUCUCGCCUACUCCUACAUGGGCAACGAGAUCUCCUACCCGCUCAAGCCCUUCCUGGUGGAGGGAGACAAGGGGCGCUUCUGGGAGCGCUGCCUGGGCAUCAUCCAGCGCCUCAGCGCCAAGAUGCUGCGAAUCAACGCGGACCCGCACUACUUCACGCAACUCUUCCAGGACCUCAAGAGCGAGGGCGAGGGCGGAGACGGGUCCAAGCACUGGACGAUCAGCCUGGACCGCUAGGGAGGUACCAGGCCCCCGGCCCCGGGGGCGGAAGGGGCCGCGCACCGAGGGGCGGGGGAGGAGAAAGACUGUCGGAUUCCCCCUCCUGCCCCCACAUCCUCCUCGCCUUCCCCCUUCCUCAGCCGUCAGUUCCAUGGAGACGCUGCUUGGACCCUCCCUGCUCCGGAUCCGGCUGCCCCCCUCCCCCGCCUGCGACCCCAGCUGGGGGCUGCGCUCCGGAACACCGAGGCGGCGGUGAAGACCGGGGAGGGGGAGUGGUGUCCCUCCCACCUUCGCGAAGGGGGGGAGGGUGAGGCUGCGGAGGAGCGGAGGCUCCUGGAUACGUUUUCUCUAGAAAAAAGGGGUGAUAAAAUGGAUGCGGGGGUCGGGGGCAGGAGGGUUCGGGGGGGGGGGGGGGUUUGGGGUGUGGCGGGUGCCCCAGGCAGAGGGUGCAUGUGAACGAGCCCCGCAGCGCGGGCAGGGCCGCCCCGCGCUUCCGCAGCGCUCCCGGUGCUGUCCGUGGUGCUGGAGCUGCCGCGCCUGAGCAGACAAAGGCGGGGAUUGCGGGCAAGGCUGGGGGGGUUUCUGUGCUGCGGGCGAUGCCUUCCCCCCAUCCCCCCCGCCCACGUGUGGUAUAUGGGCCCCCCCAGCAUGGGCGACUCUGCCCCUCACCCCGCGGGAGCCGCCCGCAUGCCCCUUUGUUCGAGCCGCUGGGGGGGAGCCCACGCCCCUCCCCGCCGGUAAAUCCCCCCGGUGCGCCCCCCGAAACAGGGGGGGAUGCCUCCCCCCACCUUGGCUUGCUGCGGGAAGAGGGGUCUGUGCCAGGGGAGGCCUAGGGUGCCCAAACGGAGGGGGCCUGCUAUGGGAGGGGGGGGGGUCUCCUCUCCUCUUGCUUUGCUUCACUGGAGAAUAAAGAGGUGGCCUGGAUGGGCCUGGUGGUGGCUCCUGGACUUGCUGGGCUGUGGGGUGCAAGGGCAAUUGGGGUAGCACCCCAAGCUCCUGGUCAUGGCCUACUCCUCCCCAAGAGGAAUGGGGGGCCCUAGUUCCCAAAGGGGGUUUUACUAUCCAGUGUGAGUUGUGGGUCAAAAUUUCACCCCUCUUUGUGCCCAAGGCCAGUCUUGGUCCACCUAAGUGUCUCUUGGACCCUUGUGAGCUCUCCUGGCCUCCUCCAUUCCAGAUGGAAAUUCCUGAUGCCUGUCUGCCACAAUGAAUUUUAACAGGAUGCCACA